AUGGGAGUCAAACGCUCACGCCGAGACUCUUUGUCCUCCUCAGAAGACCCCAGCGCGCCCUCCUCUCGCGAACCCUCUGCCGACGUCAAGCUUGUGCAUCUGGACACUGCGUCUGCCGUUGGUGAACAGCCAGCAGCCAUGAAGUGCUGGCUCCCCCCUCACGAGCCACUUGCCUUUGCCUCCAUCCAAGACUUUGACGUGCACUACCACAAGACGCACAUGAAUAGAUGCUCCGAAUGCCACAACAACUUCCCUGACGAGUACUUUCUGCACCUGCACAUCGCAGAGAACCAUGAUCCCUUCAGCGCUGCCAAACGAGACCGAGGCGAACAAACGUACGCCUGUCUUGUCCCCACGUGCGACCGUCUAUGCAGCACGGCGCCCAAGCGUCGUAUGCACUGCAUAGACAAGCACCACUUUCCAAACAACUACGACUUUUUCAUCAUCAACCAUGGCAUCGACCGCCGUAGCAGCAUGUUACGGCCUGCCCACCGGAGACGAUCAAGCGCCAUGAACGCUACCGCUCCAACCCCUGGCAGAAAGGGAGGCGAGUCGUCUACUACUGCUGCUGGUGAAAGCAUGGACCUCGUGCAAGAUGAGACCGACGAACAGGCGAGUCACCCGCAAGAGCACACGCCGAGAUCUGUUCACGUCAAGCUGCGCGGUCGCGGAGGGUUCAGCCAUCCUCAAGCGGCUGGACGAGGCCGUGGUGGUCAUGACGAAGCAGCACGAGGCUCGACAACCGCGAACAUGAAUCCGCUUGACGAUCUGACUUCAAGCAUGUCGGCGUUGCAGUUUGUCCCUCACAGCGUGCGGGUGGCGAGGGGACGAGGGCGUGGAAGAAGUGCAUGA